ACUGGAUUACAUCAUUGGAGUAGAUUCAGAUAAGGUAGAGUCUAGGCGUGCUGUAGGUCGUUUGACCCCUGAGUGAGAUUUGGGGUGUUUCAGAGCCCCGUCAGGCGUCAGUGAGGGGCAUAGGCGGCACGCUCGUUUGGAACCGUCAAAUUUCGCCAGAUUCCGUCAUGGCGGCUCGAUGGAGGCUUGACGGUCAGACGGCUCUCGUUACCGGCGGGACAAAAGGCAUCGGCCGCGCCAUUGCACAGGAGCUGGCAUCCCUGGGUGCGCACGUGUUCGUCUGCUCUCGCGCGGAGGCUGACGUGGCAGCUACAGUGGCGGAGCUACAGUCGCAGGGGUGGGCGGCGACGGGGUGGGCGUGUGACGUUAAAGAGGCGGCGCAGAGAGAGCAGCUUAUAGGGAAGGUUUCAGAGGCGUUUGGCGGGAAACUGAACCACCUGGUCAACAACGUGGGCACCAACAUCCGCAAGCCAACUGUCGACUACUCCCUCUCGGAAUUCCACCACGUGUGGGGGACAAACUUUGAGUCCGCCUACCACCUCUGCCAACUCGCGCACCCGCUGCUCAAAGCCGCUGCCAGCGGUGAUAGUUCUGCCGCUGCUGCUGCUGGUGCAAGGGGCAACGCAAGCAUCGUCUUUAACUCGUCUGUGGCGGGGGUCGUUGCUAUUCGGUCAGGGACUCUAUAUGGUGCCACUAAGGCCGCCAUGAACCAGCUCACCAAGAACCUGGCGUGUGAGUGGGCCAAGGACGGCAUCCGGGUGAAUGCAGUGGCGCCGUGGUACAUGGCAACAGAUCUCGCAAACCAGGUUCUCAAGGACGAAGCGUUCUCGGCUGACGUCAUAAGCCGGACACCGAUGCGGAGAGUUGGGGAGCCCCAGGAGGCAGCAGCAGCUGUGGCAUUCAUGUGCAUGCCUGCAGCUUCUUAUGUGUCUGGGCAAGUGCUGGCUGUUGAUGGUGCUUUUACUGUCAAUGGCUUUUAUCCUCGGACUGACGAUGUGUGAUAUGUCGCUAGCACAAUCUUGAAUUCAAGCGUGCAUUCUCUUUAUUGAGUAUAAUAACACAAGCUAGAAAAAGAGUGC